AAGAGCCGGGUCUUUUUCCGGUUUGUGUCUGUGACGUCACUUCCUUUCUGCCUGUGCUAACCUCGCUGUGAACACGCGUUCGCCUGAACAGCCAAGAUGCGUUACGUUGCUGCUUACCUUCUUGCUGCCCUCGGCGGUAAUGAGAGCCCUGAGGCCAAGGACAUCAAGAAAAUCCUGGAAAGUGUUGGCAUCGAGGCCGAUGACACACGUCUGAACAAGGUCAUCACUGAGCUCCAGGGCAAAAAUGUGAACGAGGUGAUUGCUUCAGGCUAUGGUAAACUGGCCAGCAUGCCAGCAGGUGGCGCUGUCGCUGUCGCCAGCUCUGCAGCUCCUGGUGCAGGUGGAGCCGCUGCUCCUGCUGCAGUUGAGGAGAAAAAAGAAGAGAAGAAAGAAGAGUCCGAGGAGUCCGAUGACGACAUGGGAUUCGGCCUGUUUGACUAAACUGAAAAUAAAUAACAUUUAUAAAAAU